AGACGGCGUCUGGAAAUGGGAUCACGCAGGCAUUGGGCCUAUAUAAACCCUUUGGUAGCAGAUCUGAGGUUUUCUGUGGCUUUAGUAGGGAACACAGUCAUGGCGAUAAUGCAGAGGAGAUUGCAUGUCGUUAGGCCGGGUUUUCUUUCUCUGGCCAUUAGCCUCUCUCUUGCCUUCGCUUGUGCCUCCGCGAAAGUGUUCUUUGAGGAGCGUUUUGAUGAUGGAUGGGAAAGUCGAUGGGUCAAAUCUGACUGGAAGAGAGAUGAGAACAUGGCUGGUGAAUGGAACCACACUUCCGGAAAAUGGAAUGGAGACUCUAAUGACAAAGGUAUCCAGACUAGUGAAGAUUAUAGGUUCUAUGCCAUUUCUGCUGAGUUCCCUGAAUUUAGCAACAAAGAUAAGACCUUAGUUUUCCAGUUCUCUGUCAAGCACGAGCAGAAGCUUGACUGUGGUGGAGGAUACAUGAAACUCCUAAGUGGUAACAUUGACCAGAAGAAAUUUGGUGGUGACACUCCAUACAGCAUCAUGUUUGGACCCGACAUCUGUGGGUAUACCACCAGAAAAGUCCACUCAAUUCUCACAUACAAGGGAACAAACCACUUGAUCAAGAAGGAUGUUCCAUGUGAAACAGACCAGCUGACUCAUGUGUAUACAUUUAUUCUCCGCCCUGAUGCUACUUACACAACUCUUAUCGACAAUGUUGAGAAGCAGUCUGGUAGCUUGUACUCUGAUUGGGAUAUUCUGCCUCCAAAGAAAAUCAAGGAUCCCAAGGCCAAAAAGCCUGAAGACUGGGAUGAUAAGGAAUAUAUUCCUGACCCUGAAGACAAGAAGCCAGAGGGUUAUGAUGAAAUCCCUAAGGAGAUUCCAGAUCCUGAAGCCAAAAAGCCGGAAGACUGGAAUGAUGAAGAAGAUGGUGAGUGGACUGCACCAACCAUUCCCAACCCUGAGUACAAGGGACCAUGGAAGCCAAAGGAAAUUAAGAACUCCAACUACAAGGGCAAGUGGGAAGCACCUUUGAUCGACAACCCUGAUUUUAAAGAUGACCCAGAACUCUAUGUAUACCCAAAUCUUAAGUAUGUGGGUAUUGAGUUGUGGCAGGUAAAGUCCGGUACCUUGUUCGACAAUGUCUUGUUGACUGAUGACCCCGAAUAUGCCAAGAAGCUAGCUGAAGAUACAUGGGGCAAGCAAAAGGAUGUGGAGAAGGCAGCUUUUGAAGAAGCAGAGAAGAAGAGUGAAGAGGAGGAAUCAAAGAAUGCUAAUGUCGAUUCUGAUGCUGAAGAUGCAGAUGAUGACUCUGACGAUGCUGAUGAUGCCAACGAUGUUGAUGAUGAUGAUGAUGAUGAUGCCAAAACAGACUCAAAAGGCUUAGAUGACCCUCUGGCUGAAGUCGACAGUGAUGCACAUGAUGAAUUGUAGGGUGUGGGCAUGCGAUGCUACCUAGAAAUCAAGCAAACAGCAGAUCAGAUCCCGAUAUUUUAUUUUUCUAAAUUUAGGAUUGAUUGCUUUAUUAAUAUGGUUGGAGAUAGCAAGCUGGCUUUGGCUGUGACUUGUUUCUUUGCUUGCAGGCUUCACAAUAGUUUCAGUCAAAACUCCUUGAGGAAUAAUAAAAGCUCUUUCGUAGUUUUCGUCGAAA